AUGGUGUGGUGGUUGGUUGAGUUCAAGGAGGAGGUUUUCUAUACGACUCUUUGCUUCUUUGUCAAUUCGUUCAAGACGAUCCUUUUCGCUUUGUAUCUAUGCCUUCUUGCUUUAGUAGGUGCAAUGGUCGGGACAGUGGUCGGAGCUUUCAAAGGCCAUGGCACUGACAUCGACACUAUUGUCGGUGCCACCGUAGCACUUCAACUAUUGAACUACACAACGUUUGGAUAUAGAUAUUCUUUCCCAAAUGCGAGCGACUUAUCGGAGCAUAUACACCGAGAGAUAUCGGAGUUCGUCGAUGCCGCUGCCGGAGAAAGUUGUGUGAAAGGGAUGCCAAUGGAGAGUGUCCAAAAGUUGGCUGUUUCUGAAUAUGAUCACCGCAAGAUGAACAGCUCCAUUUCUUGUUCCAUUUGCUUAGAGAAAUUUGAAGAUGGAGAAUUUGGGAGGAGACUUCCAAAUUGUGAUCAUUUUUUCCACGUGGAUUGCAUAGAUCAAUGGCUACGAUUGCAUGGAUCUUGCCCAAAUUGUAGAAAAAAUUGUAUUUAA